UUUGAAUUCUGACAGAGGACGGCGGAAGCAGCAUGUAUGUGGAAGAGGUGAUCAUCGAUGGGUUCAAGUCGUACGCGACGCGCACGGUGGUGAGUGGGUUCGACCCUCGCUUCAAUGCGAUCACAGGUCUUAAUGGGAGUGGCAAGAGUAACAUCCUCGAUGCGAUUUGCUUUGUCCUUGGGAUCUCGAACCUAACGGCAGUUCGUGCCAGCAACCUUCAAGAACUGGUGUACAAACAAGGGCAGGCAGGAGUCACUAAAGCAAGUGUCACUAUCUUAUUCAACAACGAAGACAGAUCCAAAAGUCCUGUGGGGUACGAGCAGUACAAGCAGAUCUCAGUGGCGCGACAAGUUGUCAUUGGCGGGAAGAACAAGUACCUGAUCAACGGCCACACGGCCCAAGUGAACCAGGUUCAGAACCUAUUUCACUCUGUGCAGCUGAACGUGAACAAUCCGCACUUCUUGAUCAUGCAAGGUCGCAUCACGAAGGUGCUUAACAUGAAACCUCCCGAAAUACUUGGCAUGAUCGAAGAAGCUGCCGGCACGCGCAUGUACGAGAACAAGAAGCAAUCGGCACUCAAGACAAUGGGAAAGAAGGAAAAGAAAGUGGACGAAAUCAACAAGAUCCUGGCUGAAGAAAUCACACCAACACUGGAGAAGCUGCGCAAAGAAAAGAUGAACUACAUGCAGUGGGCGGCCAACAACACGGAAAUGGAACGCUUGACGAGGUUUUGCAUUGCUUAUGAGUUCACGAAAGCAGAGCAAAUAUCUGCUAAGUCGACGACGGAGCUCAAGGACAUGGAAGAAAAAGUCGAAGCCCUUGCGCAAUCGCGACGGAACCAUGAAGCACAGAUGGAGACGACUCAGGACAAAGUCGACUGCAUCAACCUCAACAAGAACAAGCAUAUGCGCGGAGAGUUCCAAGCACUAAAGGACAAGGAAGAGUCUCUCGGCAAAGAGCUCGUCAAGGUGCGGACCAAGCACGCGAACUCAAAGUCGACUCUCGACGCAACGGAAAAAAACGUACAGGCGUUGCGCGAUCAGUGUCGCGACGUCGAGUCGGCCAUCGACGCGAUGAAAGAGACUUUAGAAACAAAGCAAAGCGAAUUCGACCGCGUCCAUGAGAACUACCAGGAGAAAGCCGAUGCGCUGGCCGGUAUUGUCGACGAGAUUCAAUCGUUGAAUGCUGGGGUCAGUAGCCACGUGAGCAAGAAAUCGCUGGGCGAGCAAUUGGCGUCCAGUCAAAAGGAGCUCCAGGAGCAAACGUCGCUACUCCAUCAGCUCACGAUGAAGAUCAAGCACAUGGAAACUAACUUGAAGGCAAAAAAAGCCGCAUUGGAACAGACCAGGUCUCAAAAUGCAUCGAUGGAAGCGUCGUAUGGGGUAUUGUCUUCGCAAAUUCAAGAGAUCGAAGAUCAUAUUGCCCGUCUCGGAUUCAACGCCGAUGCAGAACACCAGGUCAAGUCGCGUCGCCACAACUUGCAGCAGAAGUUGCAUGCGUUGCAUCGAGAAUUGGACGAGGCGACGGCUAGCGUGUCGUCAAAGCUCCGCUUCGACUACCACAACCCCCGGAUUGACCCAGACAGUGUCAAGGGAAUGGUCGCCAAGUUGCUCACGUUGAAACACGACUGGAGUGCCACCGCGCUCGAACUUGCGGCUGGAGGCAAGUUGUACCAUGUCGUUGUCGACAGUGACCAGACAGGAAAGCAGCUUCUCCAACACGGCAACCUCAAGUCUCGCGUGACGAUUAUCCCUCUCAAUCGCAUCACGCGCAAGACCCUGCCGCCCCAAAAGGUGUCCACUGCCAAGUCGAUCGCCAUCUCUGAAGGUGGCCAGGUGUGGGAAGCGCUCGAACUUGUCGAGUAUGACCACGACGUCAAGCCAGCUAUGGAGUAUGCGUUUGGUACAACACUCAUAUGCGACAAAAGCGAUGUAGCCAAGCAAGUCACGUUUCACCGAGACGUCCAGACGCGAACGGUGACGCUUGAGGGUGAUUCGUUCGAUCCCGCGGGCACGCUGCAGGGUGGGUCCGCCCCCUCGAACAACUCGUCGAUUCUGAAAAAGGUCCAAGUCCUCGUUGACCUCACCCGGAAAAUUCGCGCCACUGAACGCGAACUUGACGAACUGGAAGCUCAAUUUAAGUCAUCCCAAAAGGACUCACUAAUUUACCACAAGCUCCAGCAGCAAUUGGAUCUCAAGCACCACGAGAAACAGAUCCUCGAAAGCCAAAUGCAAGCUACGUCAUAUGGCAUGAUUCAACAAGAAAUCGAACGCAUUCAGGACGAACUCAAGAACGCUACCCUUGGUGUGGAGACGACGAAUGCAUCCAUCACUCGUCAUCGCAACCAAGUGUCGACGCUGCAACAAGACAUUGAUUCGCUCAAGACAUCUCGUUCGAGCCGGUUGGCGCAGUUGGAAGUUCGCCAAAAACAAGUCAAGAUCGAAGUGACAACGGCCUCGAACGUGCUCAAGAAGUACGAACAAGAGCUCUCCGAGGCUAAGUUGGAGCUCGAAGCAGUACAGAGUGAGCGAGAGACUACUUUAGACUCACUCAAUGCUGCGGAAGAAGAGCGCGUGCGGCUGUCGAGUGACGUGAACAAAUGCGCUGAGCAACUUAGUCGAGUUGAAGCGGAAUGUAAAACUGUCGGGGAUCAACUUAAGGCAAAACGAGACGCGUUGAACGCUUGUGACAACGAACUCAAAACGUUGCAAGCACAGCUCAGCUCCCACCAAAAGGGAAUGAACGACUGCGACAUCGAAUUCAAGAAGAUCGAACACCGCAUCCAGCGCAUCCAGAAAGAAACGUCCAACUCUCGCACGGCAGUGACCCAUUUGCUCGAAACCCACAGCUGGAUUGCCAACGAGCGCCAGUACUUUGGCAAGGAACACACCGACUACGACUUUCGGCAGAAGGAUUACCCGACGGCUCAGAAACGAUUGGCGUCGCUGAAGGACACUCAAGGCGCACUGUCCAAAAAGAUCAAUAAGAAGGUCAUGGGAAUGAUUGAAAAGGCUGAGAACGAGUACCAGAGCUUGAUGACCAAGCGCGGCAUCAUCGAAAACGACAAGACCAAGAUUACAGCGGUUAUUCAAGAACUGGAUGCCAAGAAAAACGAAGCACUGGAAACGACCUGGAUCAAAGUGAACAAAGACUUUGGCUCGAUCUUCAGCACGCUACUGCCAGGCACCACGGCCAAGCUGGACCCGCCCGAGAAUGGCACUGUGUUGGAUGGUUUGGUGGUGAAGGUCGCAUUUGGGCAGGUGUGGAAAGAAAGCCUGACCGAGCUCAGUGGUGGCCAACGGUCGCUGCUCGCGCUUUCGUUGAUUCUGUCGCUGUUACUCUUCAAGCCGGCACCGAUGUACAUUUUGGACGAAGUGGAUGCGGCACUCGAUCUGUCCCACACGCAAAACAUCGGGCAAAUGAUCCGCACGCAUUUUUCGCACUCGCAAUUCAUUGUCGUGUCGCUAAAGGAAGGCAUGUUCAACAACGCCAACGUCGUGUUUCGCACCAAGUUCGUCGACGGCGUGUCCACCGUGUCGCGUAACACGCCGCAUUCGUCGCAAAGAUAACUUCACAAUAACUUACAUCCAUUCAUAAUAUGAAUUCAACCAUUUAAUGCAUA